CACCAUUUCCUCCUCAUAAAGGGAUCCAUGAAUCCACGGAACACCUUAGCUUCACUACCUGCACUUAGUUACCAGAUGUCUAACUCACGAACGGCAAGUGACCUUGGUCUAUUAGAUGACCUGGACCCCGCAGGAGCAGAUCUACCCUGGGAAGACGUGUCAGAAAAGCUCGAGACGCUGCGAAAUUACAUCGUGAACGGUGGCGAAGUAGAACCCCUCUCAACGGAGCGCUGUCUCUCUAUCCUCCGCCAUUAUGCCUUCGAUACUCGCUCAAACCUUACCAGCCAGAUUGCGUUACGGUGCCUUAGCAACAUAAUCUUACUUUCAACGCCAGCAAAGCAGAUUUUCGUAGAUCAAGGCUAUCCUGAAUUGGCUAUACUACUGCUACAGAAAGAUGACCCUGUCAAUAAAUUCCUCUCGGCUAGGCUACUAUUUCUCUGUACGUCCAAGCCUACGAAUUACGAAGUUGAUGUCGCUAUGAUGGCAGAUACUAUCAACGCUAGUAUAUCGCGCUUCGUUAACAUACCAAUUGGUCGUCCAACAACAAACCUCGCAACCGAUGCCCUGUGCGAGAUUCUCAAGCUCACCUGCAAUAUAGCAGCUUCCUAUCCCCUUCAAUCCUCUGCAUUCCACGCUUCUCGCCAGCCCAUCCUGCAAAUUCUCAGCACUCUGGAAAUACCACUCCGCCCUCUACAGACACCGAUAUCAACCUUGAUUGACUGUCUAGUAUUCCUCAUACCUGACGAUACGUCACAUUCUGCGCCAAUUCCGUACGAAGAAGUCCACAUUACCCGAUUGGUACAUAUACUAGAUCUCGCCACUCAAGCUUACGCAGAAGAUGAGUUGGGUAAAUCUUGUUCACCACUCAUGCAGGUGCUAUUUCUUAUCUCACAGACUGCCCCUACCGGCAUCAAGGCACUUCUUCAGACUCUUCUUCUACCGACUGAUAAAGACCGCGAAAGCAUCCUUGGUACGGGCAACUCGCUGUCAUCCAGGCUUUUGAGGCUUUCCACCUCAAUAAGUGCCGACCCACUGAGGAUCCUCAUCCAGCGACUUCUGUUUGAGCUAUCUAAUAAUGACGAAAAGCAACUGAUUCAUAAUAUCGGCUAUGGAUAUGCUUCUGGCUACUUAUACUCUAUGGGGAAGCAACCAUUCACACAUAACCCUGCAAGGAAUGUUGGGCAAGAGGAAGGAGGCCAGGGCCGUGAGGUGCAAGACGUCAACAGCAAUCAACCGUGGAUAGUAAACAGCAUGAGUCUUGACGUCAAUCCUCUUACUGGUCAAAGAAGAGAUAUGGAAACACAGCCAAACCUCCCGGAAAUGACACCGGAAGAAAAGGAGCGUGAGGCAGAAAGAUUGUUUGUUCAAUUUGAAAGACUUCGGGAAAAUGGCAUCAUCAAAGUUGAAAACCCGGUGGCCGUGGCUAUGCGUGAGGGCAGACUCGAAGAAGAUACCUGACCAUUGGAGAACAUCAGUUUGAGAAAUUCAUAUGAAUCCGAUCGGUCUUCAUACUUAGUUUUGGAUGUUGUUGGCGGUGGCUAAGAG